UUUAAUUAUUAAAUUACUGUUAUAUUUGGGAUUUUCAGAGCUUCUUUCCUGCUUUGACAAAGAUCGUUGGUACUCUUGGACCUAAAUCUCGCUCAGUCGAUGUUAUUUCUUCUUGUCUCAAAGCUGGAAUGUCUGUGGCUCGUUUUGAUUUCUCUUGGGGUGACUCUGAAUAUCACCAACAGACUUUGGAGAAUUUGAAGGAGUCUAUUAAGAGUACUAAGAAGCUCUGUGCUGUUAUGUUGGACACAGUGGGUGCUGAGAUGCAGGUUGUUAACAAAAACGAGACAUCAAUUUCGCUUCAGGCUGAUAGUCAGGUUGUUUUAACUCCUGAUCAGGGACAAGAAGCUUCUUCAGAGAUAUUGCCUAUCAAUUUUGAUGGAUUGGCCAAGUCAGUGAAGAAGGGAGACACCAUUUUCGUUGGUCAAUACUUGUUCACAGGAAGUGAAACUACUUCUGUAUGGCUAGAGGUAGCUGAAAUUUCAGGGCAGGAUGUUGUUUGUACUAUAAAAAAUUCGGCAACGUUGGCUGGGGCAUUGUUUACCUUGCAUGCCUCUCAAAUUCAUAUUGAUUUGCCUACCCUCACUGAGAAAGACAAAGAGGUUAUUAGCACCUGGGGAGUAAAAAACAAAAUUGACUUUCUAUCAUUGUCAUAUACUAGGCAUGCUGAAGAUGUUCGCGAGGCACGUGAAUUCCUUUCGAAAUUAGGUGAUCUCAGUCAGACUCAAAUUUUUGCAAAGAUUGAAAAUGUUGAGGGAUUGACCCAUUUUGAUGAGAUUCUACAAGAAGCAGAUGGCAUUAUUCUUUCCCGUGGGAAUUUGGGUAUUGAUCUUCCACCAGAGAAGGUAUUUUAUUUUCAAAAGUCUGCCCUUUACAAGUGUAAUAUGGCUGGGAAGCCUGCUGUGCUCACACGUGUUGUUGAUAGCAUGACCGACAACUUAAGGCCAACUCGUGCGGAAGCUACGGAUGUCGCCAAUGCUGUUUUAGAUGGAAGUGAUGCAAUACUUCUGGGUGCGGAGACUUUACGUGGGUUAUACCCUGUUGAGACUAUUUCUACAGUUGGCAAGAUUUGUUCAGAAGCUGAGAAAGUUUUCAAUCAAGACCUUUAUUUUAAGAAGACAGUCAAAUUUGUGGGAGAACCCAUGACCCAUUUAGAAUCCAUUGCAUCCUCUGCGGUAAGAGCAGCUAUUAAGGUGAAGGCCUCAGUUAUCAUUUGCUUCACUUCAUCUGGACGGGCUGCAAGAUUGAUAGCAAAGUAUAGGCCAACGAUGCCGGUUCUCUCUGUUGUGAUACCCAGACUCAAGACAAAUCAGCUAAAAUGGAGCUUUAGUGGAGCUUUUGAGGCAAGGCAAUCACUUAUUGUAAGAGGUCUUUUUCCCAUGCUUGCUGAUCCUCGACAUCCUGCUGAAUCAACAAGUGCGAGUAACGAGUCUAUUCUCAAGGUAGCACUUGAUCAUGGAAAAGCAUCAGGAGUUAUAAAGCCCCAUGAUAGAGUUGUUAUUUGUCAGAAAGUUGGUGAUGCUUCUGUGGUUAAGAUUAUCGAGCUCGAAGAUUAAGCGACUCACAUACUUAAAGCUUUUUCUUUAUGUUUGUCUCUUUUGGUCAUCACUAAGUUUUGGCAGGAGCAGAUCAUUCUGCUUUCAUGAUUUGAAGUUAUCUCCACUGGGUUUUGGUGGCUAAUCAUACUUUGUUAUUAUGUAAUGAAAAUUAACAUUAGGCUCUAGUUAUUAGUAGUGGUUGUCAUCUUACUUAAAAUCAAAGGGAGUAUGCCCUUGAUGUCAAUUUUUUGGAACUGGAUUGGGUUGCAAUCCAAAUAGAGACAGCACUAUUUGAAAGUUACCUUGAAUUAAAAGUCAUUUUCUUUGAAAACUAGGAUCUUGAUUCCUUUUAUUCAGUCUAAUCUAUUUAUUUGGAUUUUA